ACAUCGAUCGAGAUGUCUACCACACCUUAUUCUUGAUAUUCAACGCAAUGCAGGGAGUUGCUUUCUUCCUGUUUUACGUUCUCUUAAAUGAAAAAGUCCGCGAACUAAUUCUUUCUGCUUGGGAAUGGAAGAACUCUUUUACAGAAACACCAUUUGAUGAUCAUGAGGCCAUUGAAAUCGAAGAAGAAAAGGAAAAAGAUAAAAAGAAAGGAAAAAACAAACCAGCGGGCAAAGAAAACAGUGCCCAAGACGGAAAACAAAAGAGACUGGAGAACAAACCAAAUGAGGCUGCUAUAAGUAGCAUACAGACGGUGACCGAAGCAGCCUCCGACAAUAAAAGUAAGGACAAAGGAAAUUCUUCGGAUACCAAGCCAGAUGUUCAGGAUAAAACACGAAAAUAUGAGGGUAUGGUUUGUGUAACUGUUGAGAGAUCACCCAGAAAAGUUGCCCCCUAUAGAGCCAAACAAGAAGACCACUUCGACGUCAAAAGCGACAGAGCCAAAGCGAAAGGAAGAAUGUAUGCAUGGGUCCACAAAUGAUCGAAGGACCGCAAAUGAUCCCGGACCGUAAAUGAUCCCCAAAUUGGACUGCAAAUGAUCCCACACCGGAAAUUAUCUCUGAUGGCGACCCAUCUGAUCCCAACUGGCUUCUUUUUGUAACUUUUUUCACAUUACGAUGUUAUGAAUGGCACCUUCAUAAACGGAAUUAGAAUUCUCUUUACUAUAUACCUUUAAAUUAUGACCGAGAUUUUUUUCAAUAACACAAUAGACGCUACAUAUUCUUCCUUAACUAGUUACACAUUGGUAUGCCGGCGUGGUAUACCGUUCUAUCCCUAAAUCAAAUUGUGUCAGUCUAUUGACGUCACCCGGCUGGCAACAACAGCAACAAUUUUAAUAAAAACAACAAAUACAACAA